CGCUCCGCCCCGGCCCCGCCGCUGUUUCCGGGCCGCUCCGCGCUCCGGGCUCGUCGUUCCGCGGCCAUGGGGCAGCGCAGCGCGGAGCGGCGGGAGCAGACGGCCCGGCGGCUGGAGCGGUUCGCGGCGCUGCGAGGCGCGGCCGCCCGGCCCGGCGAGCUGUGGGACGCGGUGGUGCUGACGGCGGCGGACGAGGCGCAGGCGGGCGCGUUCCGGGAGCAGCUGGAGGAGAAGCUGCGGCGGGGGCAGCUGCCCCGCGGGGUGCGGUACCUGGUGUGCGCCGACCCGCCGGGGCCCAGGAUCGGAAAUGGUGGAUCAACUCUUCAUGCUCUUCGGUGCUUGGAAGAGCAGUAUGGUGAUCAGUGGACUUCCUUCACUGUGCUGCUAAUCCAUUCUGGUGGUUACAGCCAGCGUUUGCCAAGUGCCAGUGCCCUGGGCAAGAUCUUCACGGCGCUGCCGCUGGGCUGCCCCGUGUGGCAGAUGCUGGAGCUGAAGCUGGCCAUGUACAUGGACUUCCCCCAGCACAUGGCACCGGGGGUGCUCGUCUCGUGCUCGGACGACAUCGAGCUGUACAGCACUGCAGCCACAGAGAGCAUCACCUUUGACAAGGCUGGCUUCACUGCCCUGGCCCACCCCUCCGAGCUGGCAGUGGGGACCACCCACGGGGUGUUCGUGCUGGAUCCCAGCAGCCUCUCGGGGAAGGGGGGGCUGCAGUAUGGGGCCUGCCAUCGUUUCCUGCACAAGCCCUCCCUGCAGACCAUGCAGCAGAGUGGGGCAGUGUUCCUGAGGGGGAAUGGCCCUCAGCCCAGCUGCCCUGGGAGCCAGGGGGGCUCGCAGUGUGUGUACACAGACAGCGUGUUCUACAUGGACCAGGGCACUGCCAGGCAGCUGCUGCUCUUCUACAAGCAGAUGGGCACCCUGUGCUGUGAGAUAGAUGCCUAUGGGGACUUUCUGCAGGCCCUGGGGCCCGGAGCCACUCCAGAUUACACCAGGAGCAGCAGCAAUGACUGCAGGGAGGGCUCAGGGCUGGUGGCAGUGCGGCAGCAGCUGUACUCCCUCCUGCGGGGCACCCCCCUCAACGUCAUUGUGCUCACCAACUCCCACUUCUACCACAUUGGCACUGCUCAGGAGUACCUGCUCCAUCUCACUGCUCAGAGCAAGCUGAGCUUUGAGCUGGGCUUGCAGCCUGUGGCCUUCAGCAUCUUGCCAGGCACAGCCAGGAGCUCGGGCGGGCUGAGCAUCAUCCAGAGCGUGCUGGAGCCCGGCUGCGUGCUGGGGCCUGGCUCUGUCAUCGAGCACUGCAGGAUUGGGGCUGGGGCCCAUGUGGGGAAGGGCUGCAUUGUCAGUGGCUCCUGCAUCAACUCCAGUGCACACAUACCCUCCAGCUGCUUCCUGAGUUCAGUGAGUGUGAAAAUCUCUGGUCAGGUGGAGUUUGUCACCAUGGUGUUCGGUGUGGCCGAUGACUUGAAGAAGACUGUGAAGUCACUGGCAGAUCUGCACUCCCUCCAGUUUUUUGGAGCCAGCUUACCAGAAUGCCUUGGCCUCUGGAGCAUAGAGGCUUCAGACCAGCUCUUCUCCAGCAAGGACACACAUCUGGGGCUGUGGACUGCCAGGAUUUUCCCUGUCUGUUCUACUCGGAGUGAAUCAGUUAGGGUGUCACUGAACAUGCUGAAUUCUGUGCUGCACAAGUCACCUUUCACACUGAGUGGCUUCCAGCUUUUGUCUGUUGAAGAAAUGCUCACCUACAAAGAUGUGCAAGACAUGCUGAAGUUUAGGAAGCAAAUUUAUGAUGAAAUCUGCCUACAAAGACAAAAAGAGAAGUCUGAUUAUAGAACAAACAGUACUUGAAUAAAUCUCUUGUUUUCAUUUGUG